GACUAAGUCACAUAUUUCAGAGUACCCAAAAUGUGACAUUUUGGUGAACAAUUUGUGUGAGAGUUUCAAUGCAGCCAUACUUGAUGCUCGCGACAAGCCAAUUAUAACUUUACUAGAGAAAAUUAGAUUUUGGUUGAUGUCUCGGUUUUAUAACAAAAAAGCUGAGUUGGAGAAGAUGACUCAACCUGUGGGGAAGAGAAUUUUGAAGAUAAUUGAGAAGCAAAAAGAGGUUGCAAAGCAUUGUCUGGUUACUAGGUCUGACAAGUUUCAGUUUCAGGUUCAAUGCAGCAAUGGUAGUGCCUUGGUUGUCGAUUUGGAAUUCAGAACUUGUACAUGUAGGAGGUUUUAACUAUCUGGGCUUCCUUGUGGCCAUGCACUAGCUACUAUCUGGUUCAUGGGAGGUAAUGUCUUUGAUUAUGUCCACGGAUUCUAUAAAAAAGAAUCAUUGCAAAAAGCAUAUGGACAGAGUGUGCAUCCUAUGCCUAGUCCAGAUAUGUGGCCUCAGACAGGACUCAACCCAAUUGAUCCACCACCUGAGACGAAGCUGCCUGGAAGACCUAAGAAAGCUAGGAGAAGGGAGACAGAUGAACCUCCACCUGCUUUAAAGAAAGCUCGAAGAACUGGACAAGUUAAAACAUGCAGCAAUUGUCUGAAAACAGGCCAUAGGAGAGAAACAUGCAAAUCUGCUAAGGUGGUGGUUGAGAAUCGUGUGGUCAAAAAGCGAGGUCGUCCACCACUGCAGAACCCAACUGAAUCCACACUUUUAAGGAAGGAAAGAAGACUGAAACAGCAUGCUAAAGGAGGAACUAGUGGUGCAACCAAUGCUCAACCCGAUACUGUCUGACUGGAAGGAGGAGUUUCAUCUUUUGAUUUUAUUUUGAACUAGUGGUUGAAUCUUGUAUUUUGGUGUCUGUUAUGUUGACCAUUUUAGAGUCAUGUAUUUUGGUGUCUGUUUUUUGAGUCAUGAUAGGGUCAUG